AUGUACCCUUCGACUCGCGAAGGGCCAAAAACCAUUUCGCGAGUGGCCAUACCUCGCGAGGCGCCGCAAAAGGUCCUCCAUAAACUUUUGGGAGGUUCGCGAGGAUACAGUAGGAAGGACGGCAGCGGCGACGCGACGAGGACGAGGAACGCAUAUGAUGAACAGGAUAAGAAGGAUAGUGGAAUUAGAUCUAAUGAAGAUUAUUAUGUCAUAAGGUCCCCUAAAACUUCUCCCCGAAACCUUGCACUACUGGGUCGCAUAUCGGUGACUAUUUGCAUCCGGGCCAGGUAUCAUUCCUGCAACUGGUCCAUAGGUUUCUGGCGGUCGGAUGGAGGAGAGAAGUCUCGCGAAGUUCAUCGUGAGGUCUCGCCAGGUGUCGUUGGGUCCAAGGUGGCUCGCGAGGCAGGUAGGGCUCGGUUGGUGCCUCGCGAGCCCAAGG